AUGUCAUUAUUGUCAUAAUAUUUUUUGUUGAUCACGCUCGUCUCUUUUAUUUCUGUUUAAAAAGAAAUAAGAAAACCUUAUUUAUUUAAUAUAGAAAGUUGUACACAACAGAAUAACUCUUUAAACUAUUUACCAGUGAUGUGAAAUUUGUGUAUUACUUUGUUACGUAGUUAAGCCCACAAUAUGGAUGAGUCUACCACUGACUCCCUGAGGAAGCUGGCUCCGAGCUGGACCCUGGCCGGAGAUGAGCAGCUCCUCAACAUACUACAGUCUACACAUCAGAAACUGCUGUCCCGAUGUCAGGAGGCCAACAGCCAGCUGGAGAAGAUGGCCAGUGCCCUCAACGACGCCAGCAUCAGUCUCCAGAACGUCAAUAACCAAUUCAUGUCGCUAAGCAGCAGUCAGUUUAUUGAGAGCCGGGUCUACGAUGAUGACGACCUCACCACAGAACCUCCUGCGCCCAAGGAGUCUCCGCAGCAAGAAGUGGAAGACGAGCUGUCCUGCCUGAAGCGCAGCCUGUCGGUGCUGGAGCAGUCGCACGAGAUCAUCACCAUCCUGCAGGACAGUGACACCGAGUCCGAUACUGAUGAUGAGGUGCCCGCCAGGAUGGUGCUGAAGCCGAGGGACAUGUACUGGGAGCGGCCGCUGCCGUACAUCAUCGGGUCCCAGCCCUGGAAGAACAAGUGGCACGCUGGUCUAGUGGUAGAAGGCACGGACAGUGAGAGCUCAGUGAGUGAGCGCGGAGAGGACAGCGACCAGUACUCGCACUCCGAGACGGAGGGCACUCGCCCUCACACACACACGCUACGGACACAGGUAUCGGAGACGUCCUCCUCGCUGCCAUCGGAGCAGGGCUCCAUCCCGCGGCCCACGCCGUCUGAUGUCGCCAGCGACAUCGCGCGCAGACUCGGGGCUGCACUGCCCAACAAGAUGGUGGAAAGAGAGCCUUCACCCGAGGAGCCGCCGCAGCCAGCAUCCAGGAAGGUGUACCGGCCACAGGAUCCAGUGUCCAGUACAAUAUUCCCGGACGAGCCCCCCCCUCUAUCGGAGCACUCCGAUAGUCAGGACUCCGACAUCUUCGCGGAGAUACAUCGCCAGGCUGGUGGGACUGGAGGGACUGGUGCUGACUCCCGACCUGAUGGGCUGCGGGGUGAUGGGGACCUGUUCAGUGGGAUCGGGUAUCAGCCCCCCACGAAACCACCACAAGCCACAGUCCCCGCACCACAGAGGACAUCACACCGUGAUCAUCACGAUGACUACGAUGAUGAUGAUGAUGAUCAGACUGCAUACAAUCAACAGGGACAUGAUAUGAAGCAAACUGCUGAUGCUGAUGUAGAUAGAGGCGUGAAGAAACCUGUCGGCGGUAUUUCCCUAUUCGGUAACAAAGGCACAGAGAGUAUAGGAGCCGCCAUUUUAAAACGGAACCAACGCAAAACCUCCACUUCCGGUGACGACAGCGACACCGACAUACAACCACAACAACAAAUAAAGAAAGAAAAAGAUAUCUUUGACGAUCUUUUCGCUAGAUCUGAAGGCAGGAAAGUUGUAAAAGAUAAAACUGAUUUAGUAAAAGAUUUGAAAGAUAAAGUCCAAAAGAAAGAUAAAGAAAAAGAUAAAAAUAUUGAGAAAAAUGAGAAAACUAAAGUCGAUUUGUUUAGCGAUGAUCUUUUCGAUGACAUUGAUGAUAUAUUUUCUUCUAACGUCACUAAAAUACCGACAAAAGAUAAUAAAACCACAAAACCCAUAUUUGAUGAUGAUGAUGAUCUUUUCUCGGAAAUUGCACCACCAAAACCUACGAGAAUCGAAGUAGCUACCAGUAGUAACGUUAAGAAAAGCUUGUUUGAUAGUGACGAUGAUUUAUUUGCUGAUAAUUUGCAAGCAAAGCCAGAUGACAAGCCUAAAGCUAAAGAAGUAGAAAUUAAUAAAGCAGUAGAACCUUCUAGAGUUAAUAAAGAAGUAACUAGAAGUAUAUUUGAUGACGAUGACGAUGAUUUGUUCAAUGAUUUGAAAACUACUAAAGGCAAUGAUGAUUUGAAAGUACAAAGUGUUAAUAUAGGUAAGGCUGAUGGUGGGCAAAGUAAGAAAAUUAAUGAAAAUACAUCAACAGUGUUUAAAAGUCCAUCGUUAUUUGAUGAUGAUGACGAUGAUGACGGUGAUCUGUUCGCUAAAGCUGUUACUUCUAGUAUUAAAGUCAAUAAAACAUCAUCAGACUUAAAUGAUGAUGUUACUGACGUCAAACCAUCGUCAAGCUCAGUCAAAACUGAUGAUUUGAAUACAGUUACGAAUGAUAAUGUAAUUAAAGUAAAUAAUAAUAAUAAUACAGAUGAUAAAAUAGAAAAUAAAAAUAAAGAUUUAAAUGAAAAUGUUAGCGUAGAUAGUAAAAAUGAAAUUUUGGUGAAUAAAAAUGUCGGUGAUAAUGCAGCUAAGAUAUUUACUCAUAUACAAAGAGAAAGAAGUUCUUCUGAAUCAAAUAAUGAUUUUAGCGAUCAAGAUUUUGAUGAUUUGCCACCUAAACCAGCUACUAGUAAUAUUUUGCCAGACGAUAAUAAACCUAAACCUAUAGAGAAAGAGAAUAUUUUUGAUAAAACCACUUUAGAAGAAGAUAUAGAUGAAUUGUUUACAAAAGCACAACAAAACCAAAAUACUGAAGAAAUUUUCGAUGAACCACCACCCAUUACUGAAAUAAUACCUGAAAAGACUGAAAAAGACAAUAAAAAAGCUACAGAAACAGAUAUUUUCAACGAUAUUCUAACAGAACCGCCCAUUUUUGAGAAACCAAAGGAACCUAAAAGAAGUAAAAACGUCAACGCACUGUUUGAUGACGAUUCUGAUGAUGAGAGCCUGUUCUUCAAGAAGAAUGAUCAUGUUUUCGAUGAUCAUCCGAAUGAUUUCACUCCAACACAGGAUAGGAUAUUUGGUUUGUUUGCUGAUGAGCCGCCUGAUGAUGGAUUUGGCAAAGCCAGUGAUGCUGAUGAUGAUCUGUUUGCUACAGAACCUAAACCUAAAGUACCUUCAAACAAUAACCUCCCUCCACUACCAGUUCAUGAGAUUCUUACUGAAAAUGAUGAUAAACAAACAGAAUUGGUUAAUGAGGAAGAUAUAUUUAAAGUAGCACAUGUAGAAAUAUUAAAAGACACCAAAAUUGGUGAUGAUCAAAGAAGGGAUGAUGUUUUGGACAAACCGAAAUCAGCGUUUCCUUUAUCUGUUGAUGAUAAUGAUGAUGAUGAUGACGGUCUUUUCAAAAUACCUGAAAUUCCAAAAUCUAGUCUGAAAGAAAAGCCUCAUUUAGAUAUGUCUGAUGAUGAGAAUCUUUUUUCCAAACCUGAAAUCAAACCUGCGGUAGUUGAACCGACACCUGUACUAGUAACUGAAAAAGUCCAAUUACCAAAACCUGUAGAUGAUGAAUUAUUUACUCCUGAAAAACAUGAAAAGCUGAAAAUUGAAAGCAAAACAAAUAUAGAAAUAGAUUCAAAAUCUGAUGAAGAGCUAUUUAAAGUGCCUGAAAACAAGCCGAUACCUGAAAAAGUAAUAGAUCUUAGUAAAACUUCAGACGAUGAACUCUUCUCGCCUGUAAAAACUGUAACGAAAGCUGAAAAUUCUAAACUAGAUGAAGAUAUUUUCAAAAUUAAAGCUAAACCUGAAAUUGUGAAUAAAGCUGAAAAUACACAAGAAGUCAAAUCUCCAGAAAGUAAAAAAGUCGGAAAAUUAAAAGUUGGUCUCAAUAUUAAUGUUAACGCCUUACUACCUGGCGCAUCACCUAAGAAAGUUAAACCAAGUCAAGAUCAAUCAGACGGACUAGUUCAAAGCGUAGAUCAAAGUCAAAGAUCUGAAGUCAAAAUCCUUCCUGAACUUCCAAAACCCCAAAUCGAAAGUCAAAAAGACGUUUCAAAACCGAAAUCGGAUCAAAACCCAGAUUCUACAUUAAUAAAAUCUGUAAGUUUUGAUGGGAAACCGGAAUCAGAAGUUCUUGAUAAUAAGAUAUCUAAAGAAAGGGCUAAGAUUCAGGUCAAACGCAGGCCUUCAACCAGAAGGGCCAGAAGAGAGGCCGUUAGGAAGUCUGCUAUAGACUUUGGAGAAGAUUCUACUGAUAAUUCUAGUUCCAUAGAUGAUGUGCCUAAAAUUCUACCUGGAAAUCAGCCUGAAAAUACACAGGAUGGAAAACUAGACAAAAAUGUAGAACCAGCUGAAAUAAAGACUACCAUACUGAAAGAUAAUGAAGCUAAAAUAACACAGGAUGGAAAUGUAGACAAAAAAUUAGAACAGGCUGAAGUUAAUACUGAAAAAACUAUAAUACAAAGUAAAGAUACGCCUGAAAUUUCAGACAAUAUUGCUGAAAAACAACCAUUUGUUCAAGAUAAGAGAAUAGAAAUCACUGAAAAACCUACCCAAAGUAUAGAAAAACCAGCUUCUUCAAUAGAUACUAUACAAAAUAUAGACAAACCGACAUUUUCAAAAGAUGUUAAAUCUAAAGUCGUAUAUAUACUGAACGAUGAAGACAUAUUCAACACUAGCCCAGUACAAUCUAGUCAGAAAACUGAAAAUCUAGACCCAAAACCAGGUGUUACUACUCUAGGCAAAGUUUAUAAAGAAAUCGAUAAAAAUAUCGAUAAAAAAAUCGAUGGAAAAUCGCUAUUCGGUGAAGAAGAUGACGAUGAAAUAUUUAAAAGUAAAGUUCCCGUGAAGAAGAAUACGAUCUUUGAUUCUGAUAGCGAAGAGGACUUGUUUGGAGAUGGUAAACAGAAGAAGAAAGAGAUUGUAGAAGUUAAAAAGGAGAUUAAAAGAGAAGUAGUUAAGGGAUCAUUGUUUGGUGAUGAUGAUGAUGAUGACGAUCUGUUUGGUGUCAAGACUAAGAAGGCUGUUGAACGCAACCCCCAGCCCGCUAGACCGACAUCCACAAAAGAGCCGGCGAAGCCUUCAGAACCAGUGUUUGCAGAUCCUCUAUCAAUGUUCGGAGACGAUGACUAGUUCCGGAAUCUAAUACUAGAUGGCGCUGAUAAUAUGAUUAGUUCGCGAACCGAAUAAGAGAUGGCGUUUUGUAUAACUAUAGUUCAACCACGGCCUCACAGUACUUCGGCGUGAAACAACGCUUGCAUUGUGUGGAGUCAUGUGAGUGAAGCUACCGGAGUCCCAAUUCCUCCCCUAUUACAUAUUUAAAGGCACUAGUAAGUUCUCUAGUGUUGUGGGUGUCCAUGGGUGUCGAUUGCUUACCAUCAGGUGAUCUGUCUGCUCGUUUGCCGUAAGAGAUGGUGAAUACUGGGUAAGGCAGUUUUGUUAAAAGAAAAAGUAUAAUAAUGUAUUUAAUUUAGUACUAUUGAGUAUAAUAGGGGUAACGAAAAUUAUCUUUGGUGAAAAUAAGUAAUACAAAAAAAAUAUAUCGAUACAUCGCAUACUCGAGCUGCACAUCUUUCUCGCACAGCUACAUAGCUUAGUAUCAGUGGAAACGGUCACAUAGUUUCACAGCUUAGCUAUUACAUCUUUGUAGCAUAGCCACAUAGCACAUAUCUG